AUGACAGGCGCGAACGAAGGCCUGGGAACAAAGAAUAAUCAUAACAUAAUCAUAAUCAUUAAGAUCUUAGGAUGGAAAUUUUUGUACUUAAAAAAUAGUAAAUUUGAAGUAUUUUUCAAAACUAUGACUGACGUCAAAAAUGAACAAUUUGACAAUCCCAACGACACGGCCUGCGAUGAAUUGAAAUCAAAUGAAGAGCGCGAAGAGGAAAUGAGAUACUGUAAAUAUUGCGAUUACCAAGCUCCUGAGUGGCCGAUGUUUGCAGUUCAUGUUCUUAAACCUUCACAUGUGAAGAAAUUUGCCGAAGCAAUAAAAGUUCGUGUACAAGUGGAUCCAGGUCUUUUAAACAUAACGUGUGAGGUCUGUAACGUGACUUGUAGUGGGCAUAUUCCUUGGAAUGCUCAUUUAAUGGGAGCAAAACAUAGAAAGGCGAAACAAGGUAUAGACCAAAGAAAAACUACCUCACAACGGACAAACAUGCAUAACUCAAAACCAUAUGACAGACACAUUAUGAAUCAAUCAGUGACAAAUGAUGAAUUUGAAGCAUAUCCAGAACCGCUCAUUGGGUUGGAAUAUGUUAGUAAAGAUGAAAUUCGUGGAAAACUUGUUUGGUAUAGUUGCUCCAUUUGUCAAGUCCAUUUUGACUCUAAUCUCAAAUUUGCACACUUGGUUGGACAGAAACAUCGCAUUAAUGUUUUAAGUGUUAAAAGGCCAGAACUUAUGCAGACUAUUAAAAUCAAUGAAAAGAAGAGAUCAGAUGCAACCCAAAUUCUUCUGAUUGAAGCACAAAAACUAGAAGCUGAAGAAGGAAGGCAAAAAAUUGUGUCAUACAUUGGGGCUGGAAGAGGAAAUGGAAGGAAGUCAGUAGGUGCUGGUAGAGGUGCAUUAACAAGUUCUGCAGUAGGAGGUACCCAAGAAAGAAGAGUAAUAAGUCAACCUGUUCCAGCAACAUUGGAUUACAAUCAGCCGUUCGGAAAUCCUUACGUUAGGGAACCAAUAAAUGAUGGAAGAAUGUGGUGAAGAAGUCAACAGGAAGACAAAACAUCUUUUCAAUAAGAUUUGCUGCUUCUUUUUUUCGAUUGCACUUUCGUUGAUGGUCCAGGAGUAAGCUCAUUACGCUGUCGAUCGACGUACUUUUAAUCAGAAAAUUCUGCUUCAGGAGUACCCACUUCAACAAAAAUGAAAAUGUUGAGAUGAAUAAAUUAAGUGAAACCUAUAAAUUGCAUCAAACAUUGUGAACUUGUACUUAACACAUACCAUCGUUGCCAUGCUUGAAGUUAUUUGUAAGGUGAAAUUUAGCAUUAUACGCACAGAAAAUCUUA